AUGUGCGUUUUGCGGGACGCCUAUCUCAAGCUGCGGGGGGACAACCAGGGGUGCAACUUCCACGUGGACGACACCGGGUUCUGGCCGUCGCCUAGGGACGAGCCGCACGGGCCUGGCGUGAACGUGUGGCUGGCGCUGGACCCGGUGGGUGGGGAUCGGGGAGGCCUGGCUGUGGCGCGCCGCAGCCACACGCACCUGUACCUCGACUGCAGGGAGGCCAUCACGGUGGGCUAUGGCGACACCUGUAGAAUUCAUGAGCUGGCUCCCGAGAAGGCGGCUCGGCUCGAGGCCGUGAAGGACUGCCCGCAUAUGGCCCCGGGUGAUGCAAUCAUCCUCACGCGGUUCUGCUUUCACCGCGGGGACCCUUUCGUGGUGGGCUCGGAGGGCGCAGCGGGCCCAGGGAUAUCGAGGUACUCGGUUCGGUACAUGCCCGGCGAGGCCGUGGUGGAGGGCGCGGACUUCGUGGACGGCAAGGUUGUGAGGGAAGAUCCGGUGCAAUUGAAAGACGCCAACCCGCAGAAAUAUCCCGCAUGGGAGGGAAGCACUUCCUUCUGA